AUGUGUCGCGUCGUACUGCCUCGACCAGACCCAGUACGUCAACCAUCAAUUGGGAGCGGGGCUCCCAAGAAUCCCAGGACGGGGGAUAGCCGCGCCACCGGACGAGGUAACUCGUCCGACGUCCGUUCACGUCGCGGUGGUUCAACAGCUGCUCAACUAGAUAGCGCUGGCCACCGCGAGAGUCCUCUAAUGGAGGUGGAGGAGGAGGAAAGACGCUCUCCACACGAUCAUGUGGAUCGGUGUGUUCCCGAGAGUUUCUUUGAUCGCGUAACGCAAGGGUUACGCGACGAUCUCGAGCAUGAGCGGAAUAGGCGUCUCCAGAUGGUGGACACUGCCUCGAAGCAUCGAGCUGAGUUUGCCUUUGCUCAGCUUGAGAACGAGAGAUCUCUGACAUCUCUUCGUGACGAGCUAAGGGUAGCUCGUGGGAUUGUUGAUCGGUCUCGGGCUGAGAUAACUGCUCUUCAGACCCUUGUUGAUGCCCACCAUCGGGAGCACAAGGCUCUCUGCGAGAUGCUUGAGCGCAAGGGCGUUCUUCAUCGGAAGAAGCAGCGUACUGAUGGUACGGCUUAA